UUGGAACUCACCACAUGCAUCAGCUGUUUCAGACUUAACAAGAGCUGCAGAAUUUACCAUAACAGAUGACUCUAAGGAUGAUCACCAGUAUGAAGAGGUUCCACCAGAAGAUGAAUUUGGUCUUCAAGAAGAUGAUGAGGAUCUGGCAAAGGCAUUGCAGACUAUUCAAGAGCAGGCUGAAGAUGCCCAAAUUUUAGCUUUGCAAUCAGUACUGACCUCUGAGAAAUCAGUCUCUGAAAUUCCUGAAGCAAUGGAUGACUUCUUCUGCAAUUUCCUGGUCAGAUUGGGAAUGUCCAGAACCCUUAACUGCUUUCAAACGGAAUGGUAUGAACUUGUACAGAGAGGCAUGCUCACAGCCAAAGACAUUGAAUUGGUUCCAACAGUGUACACCCGCAACCAGCAACUCGAGGCUGAAAAUACGUGUUUGAAGAAAGAUCUGGAAAACUAUAAAAAUGCCGCAAAGUAUGUUAUUUGCUCUUAUUGA